AUGCCUCGUUUACAGCUUCUGGUUGUAUUCCUGUGUUGUCUUCCCUUGGCAGCCUGUUUGCACUGUUACACCUGUCUGUUCCCCGCCAUCUCUCCUCUGGACUGCUUCAAGUUUCCCCAGGAGUGUCCUGCCGGGCAGCGCUGCCUGUCUAGUACUGCUACAGGAAGGCGGGGCGCUCUACAAGUGACGAUGUUCGAGAAGAGCUGCGCCGUGGCCGCGCAGUGCGGGGUGAGCGGACAGAAAUACGCCUCAGGCCUCUAUUUUAACUACACCAACGUCUGCUGUGAUACCGACCUGUGCAACGGGGCUGUGUCUGUUGCUGCCCUCAGCUGGGGAGGAGUAGCUCUGUCCCUGCUGCCUGCACUCGCUCUGCUGCUGGCCUGAAGCUGAGGCCAUGCUCAACAACAAAUGUAGAGGAUGUAAGUGACCUGGGAGAGAUGAUCUGCAAAAAGAUGUAUAAAAACAUACACUCGCAGGCACAUGGGCAAAAUUCCUGUUUUUAAAAAGAAUUAACAGUGAGCUUGUCUCUUGUUCCCAACCUUUAUGACUCAAAGUACAGCAAUGUCUAACCCUCAUGACGGGAGGUGUGAGCAGCUCAACUGCAGAGUGAUUUUUUUUCUUCUUAGAUUGUUUCACCUGAAGACAUUUUUGAGGCAUAAUUAUAAUUAUAUAAAAGUCUGACUUGUGCUAUUCUUUUCUUUGACCGUUCAUAUCACUGACCCUGAGGUUGGGAACCAUUGACAAGUGAAAAAAAAGGAAAAAUAAAAAAAGAAAGUUAAAAGAAAAAUAAAAUGAAAAUGCCAAACACACUUAAAUACAGCCAGUAAAAAAGAAAACUGCAGACUAAUAGAAACAUGAAAGUAGGCCUAUGUUCUUAUAUCAGUUUAUCAUUAAUGAAAAUACUAUAGUGAUGCUAUUAAAACUUUAACAGACUACUUUGAAGAGAUGCCUUCUCAGUGUUAUUCGUCUCAUUUUUGCUCUAUAUUCAUUAGAUGUGUGAUUUUUUAGUUAAGUUACUGUACUUGACAACAGAGAGAUUUCUAAUGUACUGCUUGUAUUAAACUAGACAUUUUGUUGUUUGCACCAUUCUUGACACUUAUUUGUUUGGCCAUCUGAAUGUUAUUACCCUCCAACAAGAUUCAAAAAUAAAAACACAUCAGUCACUGUUUGAUUUGUUAUCAAGGUAUUUUAUUGGGACAUUAAUAAAUGUGUCUUUGUAAGAGCUUUUAAGUAUAAAAUACAUUUCUGCUGUGCUAUUAGUUUGAUUGUCUUCAUUGUUCAAUCUAUUGGUUUAGUGUCCACAUCACUCUUUAGAUCCUGUGGACUUUUAAGUGCAACUGCUUCAGACUACAUCGCGAACAGCUUGAAAAAAAAAAAAUUAAAAUGCUAAAAUAUUUAGAGAGAAAU